GUAAGAAAGUUUUGCAAAGUUUAUUACAAAGCAGUUCACUGGGUGAGCAGUUACUGACCAGGAGAAGUUGCUCAGACAGGGUUCAUUGACUCACUAUGGCGUCAGAAGCAGGAGAAAAAAUGGAAGUGUCUACUGCAGCUGCCGAUCAGCAGGGAGCCACAGACCAAGAGAGUCUGGUUAACAGGGUCACAAAUCUGCCUCUGGUGAGCUCAGCCUAUGACAUGGUAACCGCAGCCUACAACAGCACCAAGGAGAACCAUCCCUAUGUGAAGUCCAUGUGUGACGUGGCAGAACAGGGAGUGAAGACUCUCUCAGCCGUAGCCGUCAGUGGAACUAAACCAAUCGUAGACAAAUUGGAGCCACAGAUUGCCGCAGCGAGCGAGUAUGCCUGCAGAGGCUUGGAUAAACUGGAGGAGAAGCUUCCAAUCCUUCAUCAGUCUACAACCCAGGUUGUUGCUGAUACGAAGGAGCUGGUGACUUCAACGGUAACCAAUGCUAAAGACGCCGUCUCAAAUGCAGCCACUGGAGCCGUGACUGGUGUGGUGGACAUGGCCAAGGGUGCAGUGCAAGGUGGCUACGAAAUGACCAAAGCUGCCGUCGUUGGAAGCGUCAACACUGUGAUCGGCUCCAGAGUGGGUCAGAUGGUGGUCACUGGUGUGGACACUGCCUUGGCUAGAUCAGAAGAGAUGGUCGAUCAUUACCUUCCCAUGACUCCAGAUGAGUUGGCUAAGAUAGCAGCUUCUGUUGAAGGCUUUGAGGUGGCUCCAACACAGGAUCAGAGCUAUUACGUGCGUCUGGGAUCCUUGUCUUCCAAAGUCCAGCAGCGUGCCUAUCGCCAUUCAGUCGCCAAGAUGCAGCACGCCAGGCAAAAUGGCCAGGACAUUCUCUCUCAGCUCCACAACACUGUAGAUCUGAUUGAACUGGCGAGCAAAGGAGUAGAUACAGCAAAUCAGAAGCUGCAUGUCAUUCAAGAGAAGUUUCACCAGACCUGGGUUGACUGGAAUAAACAACAGCCAGGAGCAAACACUGAUGAAGUGCCUCCAAAACCCGCAGAGCAGCUGGAAUCCCAAACCCUCAGCAUGACACGGAACCUGACCCAACAGCUACAGACCACCUGCCUGACCCUGGCCACCAAUGUCCACGGCCUUCCCCAGCACAUCCAAGACAAAGUCCAGCAGAUCCGCAAAUCAGCCGAGGAUAUCCACACCUCCCUCUCGUCGGCCAGCUCCUUCCGCGACCUCUCCGGGCAGCUCUUGGCGCAGAGUAAAGAGCGCAUGUCUAAGAUACGGGAGUCGAUGGAUGGGGUUCUGGACUACGUGCUUCACAACACUCCCCUUAACUGGCUGGUGGGACCUUUCGCCCCACAGGUGAUCGAGCAUCCUGAGCCCAUCGCAAACCCUGAGCCACAAGAAAUGGUGGAAAUGAAGUGAACUGGAGAAUCUGCUUCGCUCCCCUCACUUGGGGUAGAUGGCCAGGCCUCGAUCUGAAACCCAGUGUAAUUGUCUGUCUUACCAAUAAGUGUGUUAUUGUGUGCGCUAGUUUCUGUCUGUAUAAUAAGCAGUAAUCACACUGGAGAAUUGCCAAAAUCCUUGCAUCUUCAAAUCACUUGUUUUUGAUAGUACUAAAAAAAAUUGGGUAAUAUUUCUAAUGGCUCUACCAUUUUAAUGUACGGAAUCAAAUAUUUCAAUCCGUCUCCUAACUAGCCAUUUCCCUGCUCGUGUUUCGUAUAAAAGUUCCUGCCCCGGUCCAAUUUCUUGUGAUUUCUGUGGAAUUCUGAAACUGAGCUCUUUUUGUUGUCGCCGAAUGUCACAAGGCUACUAACUCCUUGACUGCAGCUAACUUAUCCAAUUAACAAUGCUGCCGCUGGGUGUAAUAGUUGCACCGACCCUCCCCAGGCUUCCAGCUGUUUUAGGAUUAAGGAUGUCAGAAUGAUUCCCCCGCAAACUGAAAUUUAAUAGAAAAUGAAAAUUCAACAGCUGGAUUUGAUUCGCGGGUAAGAUCAAUUUCGAGUAGUGCUAUCUAUAGUGAUUGCAGAAAUUCAGAACUCCCAUUAAUGUGCGCAGGAAGCCACAUCUGCUAACCCCAAAUUCUCUAACCUUUCGGGACUUAAUUACACUUGGCUUUGGGUUUCGUUGAAUGUCUGGAUACAACUAACACACGUUCAAAUUCUGCCUCCUUCUGGAAAGCGAGUUAAAAGGCAUGUUAUUCUUUGUCCUUUUGUUUUACGCUAAUAAUAAACACUGCAUUCAAAC